AAUGCUCAAAAAGCGAUGACUAUAAUUAUUCCAAACUUUUAUGAAAUAUCAACAUUUUGUUUUUAUUUAUGUGACGUGGGUUGCUAAACAAGCAAGAUAAUUUCUGAUAUUUACAAAUCGAGAAGAAUUGAAAUACAAAAUAAAAUAAGAGACACUGAACAACGACAUGCAAUAAAAGCUUCGUAAGCUUAAUUAGUUGGUGUCGGAAUUCCGUUGUGUACAAAUGAACGUGAAAAUGAUUAAAAAUUAAAAAAAAUUAAAAACAUUAAGAAAAAUUAAUAAAUUUUAAUAAAUUUGGAUAAGAAUGAAGUGAUCAAAGUAAAGAUUUUAUAAAAAGUUUUAAUAGAUAAAAGCAGAAAAGCGAUCAGAUAAAAACGUGCAGAUAAGAUUGCAUAAAUAAAAACCUCAAGUUCCGUUACUGAUAAAAUGUCUUACAUAUUUGAAUUUUAAAUGCAAAUAAAUUUAUUAGUUUCUGUUUAUUAAUGCAUAAGAAUAUAUAGAUCAAAUAUAAUGUGCAAGUGAGAAACUAUUAUAUAAAAUAUAUUUCCUUACUUGUUUUAGAUAAAGCCGCAAAUGUAUAGGCGUUGUUGUGAGAAAUAAACGCAAAGUGUUGAACUCAAAAUAAAAACAAAAAAAGUGAAGGUUGAGUACAUUCUAUCAACACAGAGUAUUAAUAUUAUCAAGAAAUGUCUGACGAUGAUAGUCCGCGUCCCUUUCGACGUGAAAGAAAUCUUAGCAAUCGCAACUUCAAACGUCGCGGCUCCAAUCGGCGCUACAGCACUGAAAGUCAUAGUUCCGUUGAUUCAGUGAGUCUCGCAACUGAAAGUAAAGAUGCAAGUAAUACUACUAGUACGGAUGAUAAUUUAAAUGUUUCGAAAGGUUCCAGUUCAUUGCAAAUCUCAUACUCAGUUAAUUCAGAUACAGAAAAUGCUUUCAAUCGUAGAUCUUUAUUAAAAAUGAAACCACCAGCUGAAGAUGGAAAUGAGCCACAAACACCUGAACCCGCAUUAUUGCCAGUGCGACAAAAAGUUCUACACUUCGAAGCGCUGCAAUCGGAGGAUCGUAUUAUUUUCAAAACAGGCAAAUAUAAAUCGAAAUCCUUACAAGCGCUGGCUGAAGCCACAUCCCAUAAUACACAACAUAGUGGUUUGCAUUUGGGGCCAUUACGUGUGUUACCGAUUUUCAAUAGAAAACUGAAACAAAAUGGCGAGACAAGUUCUAAUUCUUUUCAUGCCAGCAUUGAUGAGGAACGAUCCGAAGAUGAAGUCGAAGAUAUAACAGAUUUUGCAGAAGACGCUACAACACCAACAAAUGAAUAUAUUGUGCCAGAAAUUGCAAAAGAAUUAACUGAAACUAGUACAUUAUCCUCUAAACCUGGUGAAGAGUUCCAAUCAGCUAAUACAGAUAUAAAUGCCAAUGUUGCUGAGUAUGGGGUCGAUGAUUUCGGCAAAGCGGAAAGUGUGCGGCGAACAAUAAGCGCUGAUAGUACGCCUAUUAUUAAUAUUAAAAUUGAAAAUCAUUCCAGUGAGCAAGAUGAACAAAACAUUUCCAACACUGCUAAAAAAGAUUUUCCAAG